UAUGAUUUCACAGAUCACUUGGUUUGGGGUCUUCAGUGGCAUUGGAUUGGACACUGUUGCCUGAUUCUGAAUGAUGACAGAACAGGAUUUGGCAGAUGUGGUUCAGAUUGCAGUAGAAGACUUGAACCCAGAUCAUCCAGUUGUGUUGGAGAAUCAUGAAGUGACAGAUGAAGAUGUAGAACCUGCUCUGAAACGCCAGCGGAUAGAAAUUAACUGCCAAGAUCCCUCUAUUAAGUCAUUCCUGUAUUCCAUAAACCAGACAAUAUGCCUACGGUUGGAUAGCAUUGAGGCAAAGCUGCUGGCACUCGAAGCUACCUGUAAAUCAUUGGAAGAAAAAUUGGACCUCGUCAUGAACAAACAGCAUAGCCCUAUCCAAGUCCCCAUGGUGGCAGGUUCUCCUCUUGGCGCUACGCAGACAUGCAAUAAAGUGCGAUGUGUUGUUCCCCAGACCACAGUAAUACUGAACAACGAUCGGCAGAAUUCAAUUGUAGCCAAGAUGGUGGGGCAGGAAGAGCCACUGAGCAGAACAGCGGAUUCUCUGGAAAAUAUCCUUAGCAAUGCUGUUCCCGGACGUAGACAAAACACCAUCGUGGUGAAGGUCCCAGGGCACGAUGACAGCCACAAUGAAGAUGGGGAGAGCGGCUCUGAGGCCAGUGAUUCAGUUUCCAACAGUGGCCAGAUAGGAAGCCAAAGUAUUGGGAACAAUGUUACCCUUAUUACCUUGAACUCUGAAGAGGAUUACCCCAAUGGGACGUGGCUUGGAGAUGAAAAUAAUCCUGAGAUGCGAGUCCGUUGCCCCAUCACCCAAGCUGACAUGUUGCACAUCAGCACGAACUGCCGCACAGCUGAGAAGAUGGCACUGACGUUGCUUGACUACCUCUUUCACCGAGAAAUUCAGGCUAUUUCCAACCUUUCAGGGCAGGGGAAGCAUGGGAAGAAGCAGCUCGAUCCUCUAAUGAUAUAUGGGAUUCGAUGCCACCUUUUCUAUAAAUUUGGAAUCUCAGAGUCUGACUGGUACCGGAUCAAGCAGAGCAUAGACUCCAAAUGCCGGACUGCUUGGCGGCGGAAACAGCGUGGCCAGAGUCUUGCAGUGAAAAGUUUUUCACGACGGACACCUUCCUCGUCAUCAUAUAGUGGCUCAGAGGGCGCACAAAGUACAGUGUCGGCUUCUAAUGAGAUCCAGCAGAACCAGCCGCAAGCCCUCCACUACGCACUCGCUAAUGCUCAGCAGGUUCAGAUUCACCAAAUAGGAGAAGAUGGACAAGUUCAAGUAAUCCCACAGGGUCACCUCCACAUAGCCCAGGUCCCUCAAGGCGAACAGGUCCAAAUAACGCAAGACAGCGAGGGUAACUUGCAGAUACAUCAGGUUCACGUUGGUCAAGAUGGGCAGGUAUUACAAGGUGCGCAGUUGAUAGCGGUUGCUUCAGCUGAUCCUGCUUCUGGGGGUGUCGAUGGAUCUCCGCUCCAAGGAAGCGAUAUCCAGGUCCAAUACGUCCAGCUGGCACCAGUGACGGAUCACGCUGCUACUACUCAAAGCACCGAUACCCUCCCAUCGGCCAUCCAGCCAGAAAUGCAGAUAGAGCACGGAGCGAUCCAGAUCCAAUAGCGCGUUGGAACUGUGAAAAUUGGAAAGACCCAAAUGCAGCGACCACGGUCGGGAGCCAGAGGGCUGCGGCUCAUAUGCCACGACAGGCGGAAGGAAAGGAUGACAUCAGACUCGUUGACCUUUUCAAAUACGUCUCCUGUAAAUAUCAGAGUUCUGUCUAUUUGUUCAUUUUCGCACACGUGGGGCUAGGGUCUCACCUGGCACGAAUCGGCAAAGGUCUGUUGGUUUCAAUGGAACGACACCACUCUACCAGCUGAGGAUAUGAUCUUCAAAGUAUCCAUGGUUAUCCCUUAGGUAUAUUUAAGAGAGAGAAAAUUCCAUCCAGAACGAAAAAAAGAAUAAUCAGAACAUGAAAACUGAAUGACCGGUCAUGUUCCAUCCUGUCAUUUCUUCUGUGAAUCGUAUCAUUGAAUGUCCAUGAUAUCUUAUCAGACAUGUUGCUGCUUUGCAGUACUUGCUUUACCAAUAGAAAAUGGAGAGCUCAAAUAUUUUUCACCGUUUAAACAGCUUUUUUAUUUGCUAUGGUGUUUAUAACAAAAAAUGGAAAACAUAAAAAAAAUAAAUAAAUAAAAAAAGAGGACCCCCCCCCCACCAUAACUGCAAGUCUUAGCCUUUUGCUGGUGUUUUCUGUUCAGUGUAAUGAAAAUGUAUUUGCAAAAGACUAACAAUUUUGUUUGUACUGUUGCUUAACUACUUUUCUAGGGGAAAAAUGCUAUAAAAUGCUGUAAUUAUGCAUUUCUAAUAAAACAAAUAAAUGUGUA